UGGCGGAGCACGGACCAGGAACUCCGCUUAUGCGACGUUGACAGCGUCGUUGAUGGGGCAACGCCAACGGCGGUGAUGAUGACCAACCUCUGUACCGCACAGGUCCGUUGCCCGGCGACCCUGAAGUGUCAAAUGUCCAACUGAGAGCAACCCCUGCAGCAGCAUUUCCUCAAAACACACAGCUGUCAGGACUGGCUCAUUUGAUACUUGACAGAAGGUGGAGGAACCCUGAUGCUCUGAGUUGGACCUGUGCCUUUUUUUUUUCUUCCCUCAACUCCACAUAGGACUCCUAUGUGACAUGAACUACGAGCCCACUCUUCCCUGAACUGUUUCGGAAACUAAAAUAAUGGAUUUGUUCGGGUUGCUGCAUCUGGAGGAGCUGUCCCUCGGACUGGCGAACUUGUCCAUGUUUCCUUAUUUUGACAUGGCGCACUACAUCGUGUCAGUCAUGGCUCUGAGGGAGCAGCCAGGAGCUAUCGAGGUGUCCAGAGUCAGCCCCCUGGCCUGUUGGUUCAGCUCCAUGCUCUUCUGUUUCGGCGGAGCAGUGCUGUCAGGGAUCAUGCUCGCCGAGCCGCCAGUAGCACCUUUGUCCAACAGCACCGGUGUUCUGCUUGCUUCAGUCAUCUGGUACCUUGUGUUUUAUUGCCCCAUGGACCUGGUGUACUGCUGUGCUGCCCUGCUGCCCCUAAGGCUGGUGCUGUCAGGAAUGAAGGAAGUGACCAGGACGUGGAAGGUCCUCGGAGGGGUCACUCUGGCACAAACCAAAUACAAGGACGGCCUGCUGGUCAUGAUCGCCAUUGGCUGGGCUAGAGGUGCUGGAGGUGGGCUGAUAAGUAAUUUUGAGCAGCUUGUUCGAGGUGUUUGGAAGCCAGAGACCAACGAGCUCCUCAGAAUGUCUUACCCCACGAAGAUCACCCUGAUCGGAGCGGUGCUGUUCGCUCUCCAGCAGACUCACUACCUGCCCGUCCAGAAGCACCACCUGAUGCUCGUCUACACCGUCUUUACCGUUGUCAACAAGUCGAGGAUGAUGCUGACGGGCUCCUCCACCUCACCCUUCGCCACCGUUGAGUCAGCCAUCUACAAGACCCUCUUCGCGGGCAACUCUCCUUACGCCGCGCUCACUGGCGAGGUGAAGACGACGUGCUUCGACAAUGGCGCCACCACCACCACCACCAAAGAGUCUGGUGAGAACGGAGGAGCACGGCAGCGCGCCCCGACGUCUCCCGUCAAAGGACAGAGCAGCUCGCUGAAAGCCAAAGAGGAGUCGGAGGACGCGGCGACGUCACAGUGCAAGAAGACAGACUAGUCAGCCUCCGCCUCACAGCGCCUUUUCACCUCUAAGCAGGGUUGUGGAGUCACUUAUGAUUCAGAUUAGUCAUGUCAGGAGUUUACUACGUCUUUCUGUUCCGUUUUCUUUUAUUCCCGUGUGUCUUCUAAUCAAACUUUUGCAUUUCACAGAAUGCAGUGUCAAUCCGAUUGCUGAAAAAGAAGCUAAAACGAUAGGUGACUCCAAACAAGCCUGCACAUUAUUCUGGGAUAAUCACCCCCAUCCUUAAAGUACUGUAAUAUUUCUGCUGUCGGAUUUGAACGUCAUACCGUCCUUGGGUUGAUUGCAAACAAGCAGUACAAAAGUGUAGCUUAAUUUUUAAUAUAUAUAGAUAUAAAUAUAUAUUUAUAAAAAAUGAUAUUCAUAAUUGUAUUCCUGGGUUUUGGGACCAGUUCUGUGCACCUGCUGAUCUGCGAAUGUAUUCUUUCUGUAUAUAUUCUGCUUCGUGUAAAUGCUUGAUUUCUUACUCUGAAACAGAUACAUUUUUAAAAAGAAAACUAUAUUCUACGACACUCAGAUGUUUUAUUCUAUUUAUACUGAAUACCUGCACUCUUGAAUGUAAAAUAUUUUGAAAUGGAACAUAGUCAUAUUCUGUUGAAUGCUUUGAAUGACAUUUGAAAGCAUGAGAAUAAAACUGUUUGAAUGCACUCAAAAAAA